CCGUUGGGAAACCCAGCCCAUUGGAAUUUCCAAACAUUGGCCCCUGGUUUUCCCUCUCCUCCAACCCCCCACUCUGUAGAAAAACCGACUGAGUCUCUCUCUCUCUCUCUUAACCCUAGCCUCUCUCUCCAUUUUAUACCCACCUCGUUCCAUCCCUCCCCAUCCAUCACCUUCAUCCACAGAUGCCAAAUUUCCCAUCUUUCUUUUCCUCAAGUACAACUACCGUAACCUAGUACUACCUACCUUUCCAAGAACACACAAACAAGUGUACCCUGUUCGUGUCCUUUACUCCUCAUCCCAGAAUUUCACAAUUUUCCGAUCUUUCUUCGCUACCCAGAUCGUAAUUUCCCACUUUUAUAGAAAAGAAUUGGAUUUCUUUAUUUAUACUCUGGAUUGGGAUUCCUCUGUUUCUUGAGGGAGUUCUUUAUUAGUUUCUUUUUGGAGAUUUGGGUUUUUGUUAAGAUUGAAUGGGAAUAGAGAAAACUGUGGCUACUCAAAAGGGAAAAGAGUGUUUGCAAUUGUCAAGCGAGACGAAUAGCAAGUCUUCGAAGAAGAACCGCCGCCGGCAGAGGAAGAUGACGGCGAUGCAGAGGCUGUAUGAUAUAUGUAAUGAAGUAUUUGGUGCGGGUAGGCAUGGCAUUGUUCCUCCCCCAGAUGAUAUCCAACGGAUUAAAUCCGUGUUGGAUGGAAUGACUGAAGUGGAUGUUGGUCUGAGACCAAAUAUGCCAUAUUUCCGAAGGGCAUCAACCGAUCAACUUCCACAAAUAACAUACCUCCACAUCCACGAAUGUGACAAGUUCUCGAUUGGGAUCUUCUGCUUGCCACCAAUGGGCAUCAUCCCGCUUCACAAUCACCCGGGAAUGACAGUAUUCAGUAAACUUCUCUUUGGGACAAUGCACAAAAAAUCAUUUGACUGGGCAGUUGAUGUCGGUUCUGACUCCACGCCCCCUCCUGGAUUGCGGUUGGCGAAGGUCAAGGUCGACUCGGACUUCACGGCUCCUUGCGAUACCUCUGUACUUUAUCCAGCUGAUGGGGGGAACAUGCACUGCUUCACCGCGGUGACGGCUUGCGCUGUGCUGGAUGUGUUGUGCCCACCUUACUCUGAUCCUGAUGGAAGGCACUGUGCCUACUACCUUGACUUUCCCUUUUCCAGUUUCCCAGUUGAUGGAGCACCAGUGCCUGAUGAGGAGAAAGAAAGCCAUGCCUGGCUCCAAGAGAGAGAUGAUCUAGAGGACUUGACUGUAGUUGGAGCACCGUACAACGGCCCCAGGAUUGUGGAGAGGUGAUACAAAAUCAGUGGGGAAAAUGUAUUUGUUUCCCAAAAAGAAAAUGUUUUCCACUGGGGUUUUUUUUUUUCACCUACCAUGUGUCUAUUUAACGACCCGGAAAUUUUUCAAAGAAUAAAGGGGUCUGUUAUAUAACAUACCAACAUAGAAGGUGAAAAAAUUCAUCGCAAUGUUUCAGUAGCGGUUCAUAGCAGUUUCUCAUGAAAAACUUUAUACCAUCUUUCAUCCCCACUUAUUAGCAUAAGAAUUUGGUUCCUUGUAAGCUUUUUUUCCCUGUUCGACGGUUGUAUGUAAAUAAUCUGAUAGAAUGAACAGAAAAAAGUGACGAGCACUAUAAAGCACGGGCGCUUGUAGAGACGUGUCGUAUUCUUCAAGUAUGUACUCUAUAUUCUUAUUGGUUAUCAUACUAGUGAAUACGCAUUCGAUUGUACGUUCAAAA